AUGAAGAAAUGGAGGAACAAAGAAAAGAAGAAAAUAAAGAACGAAAGAGCGAGGAAACAAAGGAGCGAACAAAGGAAGGCAGGGAACAAUGGAAAAGAGACGAAGAAGGAACGGAGGAAAGAAGAAAAGAAGGAACGAAGGAACGGAAGAACGGAGAAACGGGGGAACGACGUAACGAAGGACAUAUGGACAAUAAAUCAAAGAUUGAAGGGACGAAAGAACGAAGGAACGAUGGGAAGAAGAAAUGAAGGAACAAAGAAAAGAAGUAAAGAAGUAACGAAAGUACGGGCAAUAGAAGAUGCGAACGAAGGAUGGAAGAAAAAAAUGAAGAAGGGGCGAAGUGACGAAGGCACGAAAGAUUAA